ACUGCUUUUUAUUUGGCUCCUAGCGCGGGAGGCUUGGCGACAAGGACUCUGGGCUGGUUUAGGACUGCACAGCUCUCAUCAAAGGGCUGMGAUUGCCUCAGAGCUGCACGGGCUGGUCCAGUCGGUGUUUGUGUUCCCAGCARCAGGACAAGGUCAGAACAGCCAGCCUGGACUCUCCUCUGUGCCACCGGGCACUUUGGAGUGCUGUGCCAGCUUUAAUGCCUGCAGGAGCCGGGGGGACGUGGCCAGCACUGGCCAUGGGCUGUGUGUGAGCGCUCUGGCCCCGGCCAUGCACCCCACAGGCUCAGGGGACAGCAACUUCUCACGCUCGGCCGUGCACACCCUGUCCCGCAGCCACUGCCGCAACAUCAAGCAGAAAAUCUCGCAGUGGGAGGGCAGGACAAGGAGCUGCCCCAGCAGGGAGAAGGAGCAGCUGAAGGACUUUGGAGUGAAGUACGAUCCCAGCUGCAAUGCACUGCCCAAUGUGAAGGCAGAAUGCACAGAGAAUGGCAGAAAGGCCGGGUCCAAGGACCCAAAGAGCCUGGGGUUGGAUUUCAGGGAAGAUGCACGGAACUGCUGCCACGCCGGGGGCUGUGGUGGCCCAUCUUCCCCAGCCAAGGAGAAAGGAGAGGGGCAAACCCUGGCCCCAGGGGUGACCCUGGCCCCAGGGGUGACACUGCCCCCGGGGAACUUCUAUACCUCACAAGCUGCAUGGAGGAGAGCAGAUCCCCUCCUGCCUGGCAGAGCCCCUCCUGCUCCCUCAGACCUGCAGAGGAAGCAAGGCAGCUCUGGCUCCACGGAAAGAGAACUGCAAAUCAGAGCAGUGGACCCUCUCUGCAGGGCGGAGAGGAGCUUGAGAAACGUUUACUCUGAGGUUGAGGGGCGAGAGGAGGAGGGACCUCCUGACCCACCACCCAAACCCCGCAGGACUUUCCGCUACCUGGCAGAAAAAGGUGCUGCUGGGUGCAGAGAUGCCACCAGGGAAGCUCCCCUGCWAAAGCAGCGUGGAAGGGACCUGGCGUCAUCCUCCAACAGCCCCGAGAAGAAAAUGGCCAGCAGGAKGAUCAGAGGGAGAGCCCAGAGGAAAUCUUUUGAGUUUGAGGACAUCCAGGGCUUCCGCAAGCGGCCGGCAGCCAGCAGCUCCCACAGACCUCGGGAGGAGACAAAUGGCACUGCAGGAUCCAGGCUUGUCUACACUCAGUCAGAGGACAACAUCUACGAGGACAUCAUCUGUCCUGCAAAAGAGAAUCAUUAUGAAGAUAUCAGAGCACUGCCCUURCCCCUGUGGAAGGUCCCAUCAGUCUGGAAGCUGCCCCCUCCCCGGAGCAUCAGCAGGGCUCCCAAGCCUCCYCCCAAACCUCCCUUCCUCAGCCGCAAGACGCUGGAUCUGAAACCCCCCCAGACAUGUUUCCAAGGGAAGAUGGGGAAGGACACCUCCCUGCCUGUCACCCUGUCUGAAUGGAAGCUGUUCCGAGCAGUGGAGGCUGCGAGCAGGAAAAAGAACCUGCCCUGGCUGGUCCUGAAAAUACAGGAGAUCUUUGAUUCCAAACGUGGAAGGAGGAAGGUGAAGCUGCUCAGUCCUGCUGGGAGAGAAGCAGCUCCAGUGAAAGGUGAAACCAGCGGGAAUGAGAGCGAUACGGAAAAUCAGCCCAAAAGUCGCCACAGGUGCCUGAGGCGCUCGGCCUCCAAGAGGAACCCACACUACCAGACCUUGGAGAGGGAUCUCAUCGAGCUGCAGGAGCAGCGGCUCUUCGAGCUCUUCGUGGUGGUGUCCCUGCACAAGAAGGCAUCCGAGGUCACCUACACCCCUCACAUCAUCCAGCAGUUCCCCAGCAAGCCUGAACAUCCCUUCAGACCGUCAAAGGACACUGAAGAGAGGCUAAAGGUCAUUCCCAAAUUCUGCUUUCCUGAUCCCAAAGACUGGUUCCCUUCAUCAGACCUUAAAAGUGAAACCUUUUCCUUCGUGCUGACGGGUGAGGAUGGCAGCCGCUGGUUCGGGUACUGCAGGAAGCUCCUGCCAGAAGGGAAAGGGAAGCGCCUGCCCGAGGUGUACUGCAUCGUGAGCCGCCUGGGCUGCUUCAACCUCUUCUCCAAGAUCCUGGAUGAGGUGGAGAAGAGGAGGGAGAUGUCCCCAGCCCUSGUGCACCCCUUCAUGCGCAGCGUGAUGGAGGCACCGUUCCCYGCCCCAGGACGCACCAUCACCGUCAGGAGCUUCCUGCCAGGAGCAGGGGAUGAGGUGAUGGAGCUGUGCCGCCCCUUGGACUCGCGGCUGGAACACGUGGACUUCGAGUGCCUCUUGCAGUGUCUGAGUGUGCCCCACACCAUCCGGGUCUUUGCCUCCCUCCUGCUGGAAAGGAGGGUCAUCUUCGUGGCUGACAACUUAAGCACUCUGUCUAAAUGUGGGCACGCUGCUGUGGCAACACUUUACCCCUUCACCUGGCAGCACACCUACAUCCCCGUCCUGCCAGCCUCCAUGAUCGAUAUCGUGUGCUCUCCGACCCCCUUCCUCAUUGGCAUCCUCUCCUGCUCCUUGCCACAGCUCCAGGACCUGCCCAUAGAAGAGGUUCUGAUUGUUGAUCUUUGUGCUGACAAGUUCUUGCAAGAGGUAUCAGAUGAGGACGAGAUCCUGCCCCAUAAACUCCAGGCUGCACUUGUACAAAUCCUGGAAGAGCGAAGUGAAAUCCUGUCACAYGGGCAGAGUGACACACAAGGUGACACGAGCCUGAACUCUCUGGUCUCCGAGGCUUUUGUGCGGUUYUUCGUGGAGAUCGUGGGCCACUACUCGCUGCACAUGAGCGUGACRGAGAAGGGCGAGCGCGUGUUCCAGMGGGAGCCMUUCCGCAAAUCCCACGGCUCCCGCACCGUGCGCCACUUCCUGCACUGCUUCAUGGAGACCCAAAUGUUCGCCGGCUUCAUCCAGGACCGCGAGCUCAGCAAGAACCUGGUCAAAGGCCUUUUUGAGGUGCGUGCCUUGGAGUAUUUGGAGAGUAUUCCAGAGACGGAACGAACUGGAAUGAACAAAAUCCUUCGCAGUCUUGGCAGUAAAAUGAAAUUCCUUCAGAAGAAGUGACCGGGCGCUGCUGCGGGACAGC